CUGUGUGCUGUGUGAAGGGUCGGACGCGGACUUCCCAUUUUAUCCUCUUCUAUUUGUAGCCGGCGCCACGCCCUCCACAUCCACCUCCAUAAAGUUAACAAGAGUCCUGGAGGCUCAGACUCACCGCAGCUCCUCAUCACAGAGGAUCAGAAGAAGAAAAAGAAGAAAGCAGCGGUUUCAAAGAUGCUCCGCGCCUUUUCCCUCUGAAUUUGCAAAGUGCUAGAAAGGAGACUCGACAACUUUUCCGAAGCCGGCAACAGUUUCAGGGCUGAGUGGAGGGCGAGCUGGUCGGUGUGAAGGAUGGCUGGAUGCUGCACAUCGGCGGAGGACAGAGAGAAUCAGAGGAUCAACGAGGAGAUCGAGAAGCAGCUGCGGAAGGACAAGAAGGAUUCCCGCAGGGAGCUGAAGCUGCUGCUGUUAGGCACUGGAGAAAGUGGAAAGAGCACCUUCAUCAAACAGAUGAGGAUCAUCCACGGAGGAGGAUACACAGAUGAGGACAAGCGGAGCUACGCCAAACUGGUCUUCCAGAACAUCUACACGUCGAUCCAGACCAUGAUCCGAGCCAUGGAGGCCCUCGGUAUAGCUUACUCUAAUCCCCAGAACCAGAGCCAUGCUAGUGCAGUCCUGGAGGUGGAGGUGGAUAAAGUGGAGGAAUUAGACCAAAGCCUGGUGGCGGGGAUCGGCAGUCUGUGGAGCGAUGCAGGAAUACAGGAAUGCUACGACCGACGCAGGGAGUACCAGCUGUCCGACUCCACCAAAUACUACCUCACUGACCUGGAUCGGAUUGCUCAGCCCUCUUACUUACCCGACCUUCAGGACAUCCUCAGAGUCCGAGUGCCGACCACAGGCAUCAUUGAAUACCCCUUUGACAUGGAGAAUGUCAUUUUCAGGAUGGUGGAUGUGGGGGGUCAGAGGUCAGAGCGGAGGAAGUGGAUCCACUGCUUUGAGAACGUCACCUCCAUCAUCUUCCUGGUGGCGCUCAGCGAGUACGACCAGGUGCUGGUUGAGUGCGACAACGAGAACCGUAUGGAGGAGAGCAAGGCCCUGUUCAAAACCAUCAUCACCUACCCCUGGUUCCAGCGCUCCUCUGUCAUUCUUUUCCUCAACAAGACUGACAUCCUCAAGGAGAAGAUCUUGUACUCUCACAUAGCCACCUACUUCCCUGAAUUCACAGGACCUCAGCAGGAUCCUACAGCAGCUCAAGAAUUCAUCCUGAAAAUGUACCAAGAACAAAACCCGGACAAGGAGAAGACGCUGUACCCUCACUUCACCUGCGCCACCGACACGGAAAACAUCCGCUUCGUCUUCGUGGCCGUGAAGGACACCAUCCUCAGGCACAACCUCAAAGAGUUCAAUCUGGUGUAACGACAGCGGGAUACGAGGAGUGACUCGAGGAGAUAGUCAACCAUCUUCACUUAAUACUCAACAUACGCCAAAAAACUGUCCAAUAUUUUCAUUUCAAACUUAUAAGAUUCUCAUGUACAGAUCUAGCCAAAGAGAAUAUGAACAUGAUAAAACAAACUAGUGAUUGUGUCGGCUGCUGUGACUCAAAUGCAACUUUGUAUAGAUGCUGUAGUUUCCAGUCUAGAGUUUACUGUAUAGAGAUUUGCUUUUAAUGAAACAUUAGAAAUGAGAAUUGUGUGAACGACUUAGCUUCAAAAUAUGCAGAAAUAUCAUCCGAGUGUCUGAACAUAUACCUAUGUAAUACCUGCUUUAUAUAUCUCCCUAUUUUCUCAUUCAUAACGUGUGGAUGUGCCUUGUUUCUUCAGCCCUGCCUGAUUUAUCUUGUUUCAGAUGUGAAUAAUCUGAGAUGUGCUUUAACAAACCUCUACAAAACUGUUUCUCCACAAAUACAUUAUAUUUAUGGUCAUUUUUGACAAACUGUUAUUUAUUGAAGAGUACAACUUGUGU